GAAAUAAAAACAAAAACGGAGUGGUAGUUUUUGAAUCUGAAGGUCUUCUCCGCGCUUGAAGUUUCUAAGGCGACGAUAUUGUACUACUAAAGGGCCAGUUACAGUUGUGCACAAAUGACCUGUAUAUCAACUUAUUUGGUCAAGAUACUCUUCAUUUUUCUCGGGUUUUGGUCCAGGCUUCCUCCGAAUGAAGCACAUUUGCAAGAGGCGUUGUCCCCCACCUCUCAUAAUCAUUCUGUAAAUGAUAGUCUCAAACAUCUCCAUAUUUUAUUUCGACAUGGUGACAGAUCUCCAAUCGUUAACAUACCUGCUAUUUUACACAAAAUUCCUUCUGCUUGGUCUCAGGGCUUCGGCAUGCUUACAGACAAAGGUGUAGAGCAGCACUUUCUUCUUGGGAAGUGGUUACGAUCAAAGUACCAAGGAUUUGUCCCCAAUAAAUAUAACAGUUCUUAUUAUCAUGUCCGUAGUACGGAUGUCGAUAGAACUCUAAUGUCAGCAAUGGCGAAUGCAGCCGGGUUUUAUAACCAGUCUCCCUCUCCUCUGUCGGCUUAUGGCAUCAAUUGGUUUCCCAUACCUGUUCAUACAAAACCUCAAGUAACAGAUACACUUUUGGGUGUUGCACCAUGUCCUUAUCUGGAUUCGUUACAACGUAUGCAAAUGGAUAGUCAACCAUCUAUUGAAUUUGAAAAAAAUCAUUCAAAUUUAUUUGUCGAACUUACUAAUGUCGCUGGUAUUGGUCCAGUUAAUCGUCAUAAUAUAUGGUCCAUAUCCGAUUUGAUUACAUGUAUGAUUGCUCAUAACCUUACCCUUCCUGAUUGGUGUACAGAUGAUUUUUUAGCAGAAUUACAUGAAGUCAAUAGAUUCUAUUGGGUGAAAAAAUAUUCUUCUUCAGAUGAUAUUAUUCGAUUGGAAAUUGGUGUCUUCUUAAACACAUUCGUUAAACAUAUACAUUCUAUCAUACGUGGGGAACAAUUGAAUUUAACUUAUGAAUAUACAUUAUCCACCGAACAUAUGAUGAUUUAUUCAGCUCAUGAUACUGAUGUAACUUAUGUUUUAGCUGGUUUCGGUGUUUAUAAUAAUCAAACAAUUAAUUAUGCAUCUACUGUUAUUCUAGAAUUACAUGGUCCAGAUAAAUCUGGCAAAGAAAGUGAUUAUCGUAUAAAAUUGUUGUAUAAAAAAGGUUGGACUGAUGAAACUGGUGAAUAUUUAACCUUACCAGCUUGUAAAGAUCAACCUGGUUCCAAUGGUUGUCCUGUGAAUCUUGUAUUGGAACAAAUUAAACCAUUAUUAUUGAGUACUGAUAGAUUUUAUAAAGAAUGUUCAAUAGAUCAACCGGAUUGUGUAAAUUAUCGAUUACAUCCAGUUGUAUUUAUCUUUGUUGGUGCAGCAAUCUCCUCUGUAAUAAUGCUUCUAGUCUUUUGGUAUUAUUCACUGCGUUUACGUCGUUAUAACAGUUUAGACGUUACGGAACAUCCAGUUUUGUUAAAUAAAUAAAUGAAAAUGAUAAAAGAAGAGAUUUAGUAACAUUAUUGUUAGAACAAUCGUCAUCAUUACCUGAAUCAUUAUCAUCACAAUGUAUUUUUUAUUCUUCCCUUGUUGUUCUGCGACGAUUUGCUAUUUUUUUAUACAACAGUGUUGUUUAACUCUUCUUGUUCUUUUUUUAUGAUCAUUUUAAAUGUUGAUUCAACUUUUCUGCUCAAGUAUAUACAUUAUUGUAGACUUAUUACUUUAUAUUUUGUUAUAUAAUUAAUAAAAUAAUACAAACUCAGUGAACUAAACUGUGC